ACACUUCUGUGAUAUAAGGCACCUGUUUCAAUGGGAUUUCGUAUCAGUGAUCCAUGAGAAUCGUUCGUGAUGUGGUGUUCAACUUCAAUAUUAAUACUUUUAGGUUAUGUCACAUCUCAAGAAGUGACUGAAGGUAAAAAUCAUCAGUAUUCAUCGAAAGUUGGACAUCUCCGUGAAAUACCAAGACGAUUCGAGGUGACCGGUGGAAAUAGUAUGGACAUGUUUACAAAAUACGUAAAGGACAUACAGAAAAUUGCACACGAAAACAAUUUGACGGUGCUAUACAAGGUGAAGGUGGAUGUGUCGAAACCAGACACCAAGAAGAGAAGGCAGCUGAAGAAGAUAACAUUUAAAUCAAAGAAGAUAAAGUCAAAGAAAUACAAUGUACCAUUAAAGAAACAGAGCAUGAAACUAUCAAACUUCGAAAUUAUAAUUAAGAAACUCGCAGAAGAAAACGGCUUACGUAACAAGAAAAUCGACGACAUACAUCUUGACGAUACAACAGAUAAAACACAGCAGCCACAGAUCUAUUACAACAAUAAAAUUGUUAAAGUAUUGAAAUUCAAACCAAUUGUUAGUAGAGUUAAAACUAAUUUUACAAAAAUCGUAAAGCCGGUGAGGAAUAGGAUUAUAACACUUAGUGCUGCACAAAAUUAAAAUGCGACAUUUUUCAACAUUAUUAUUCUAGUUAGUGAUGAUGAAAAGUGCGUUCAAGAUACUACAAUUUUUAUCAAUAACAAAGAUACUGAGUGUAUCAUUGCAUGUUAUAUUCAUUGCCACAGCGACGUGCCGAAAAGGCUGGCAACAUUGUUCGUUAAGAUGGUGAUUGAUGGUGAUCCUCAAGAAAAUGAUAAAAAAUUUUGUCACGGAUUUUUUAAGAUUGAGUUCAAUUUUUAUAAAACUUUUAAAAUCAAAAUUAAUAUGGAAGCUGUGAGUGGUCAAUUCAUAACAGUUUUCAAAUUAUUAUUCUAAUUGAAACAUACAUUAACUGUUAAAUAAAAAAGGAUAGUUGCUAUAGAACAAAUGAAAAAUAAAAGCUCUUAGCAUAUAAGAUUUUGAAAAAAUACUAUACUGAAUUUAUGCUUUCAUCUGUAUGUAAAAAAUAACGAUUCCAUAUUGAAACGCCUAAAACACUUACUCACAAUAGACGAAUAAGUAGGCAAAGGUAUUGUGGUUACAUAACUUUAAAAAAAGUAGUGUAAUGUUUUCUCAUGUACUGAACUCGUUAGUGUUAAUAUUUUUGUAGAUAGUUUAAUUCAAGGUUCUAGAUGUACAUAAGUUUAUUAAACAAAAUGUUUUUUAAUAAAUUAUUUGAAUAAAAUACA